CGCUGUCGGUGUAUAUAACCGCACCAAGGACUCUGCAAUGUGAUUUCCUGACAUUGAUUUGUUUCCUUAUCUUUUAACCCGCCGUCUUCACCACAUUAUGCUCCAGCCGUUGACAUGGGGAACCACUAGCAGGUGAAAGACGGAAGAAACCGAGGAAAAAGCCGGAAUGGCAGGCGCCUUUGGCUUCAAAGGCUGCCAGAAAAUUCGAGGUCCGCAGAUCAGAAGUCUGCUCGAGGCGAAGGACUUCAUCCUGUUCGACUGCGACGGGGUCAUAUGGCACGGAGAGAAGGCGAUAACGGGCGCGGCGAAGGUGGUGAGCUCGCUGAUACGACACGGCAAAAACGUGGUGUUCGUCACCAACAACUGCACCAGGCCCCGGGAGAAUUAUGUGCACAAGUUCUCCCGGCUGGGCUUCACCGACGUGAUGCUGGAGCAGAUCUUCAGCUCGUCGUACUGCUCGGCUCUCUACCUGAGAGACGUCGUCAAGGUCCGCGGACAGGUGUUCGUCAUGGGCUGCGACGGGCUGCGCAGAGAGCUGCAGGAGGCGGGCAUCCCCUGCGUGGAGGAGGCGGACGACCCGGACGCCACCAUCUAUAACUGCACCCUGGCUCCGGACGUCAAGGCAGUGCUGGUGGGACAUGAUGACAAAAUGACUUUUCUCAAACUGGCCAAAGCCUCGUGCUACCUGAGGGACCCGGACUGUCUGUUCCUGGCCACCGACAACGACCCCUGGCACCCUCUUUCAGGUGGAAGGAUACUGCCAG